AUGGGAAACAACAUUAUGCUCGCCGGUCUGGUAUUUCAGAUCAUCACUCUCGUCCUCGUCGCUGCAUUGUGUCUUGAGUUUGCAUGGCGCGUGCAGCACCGUUUCCCACAUUGGAAGAACGUUGAAUUCAGCAAUGUCCACGGCAUUCGUUCGUUUCGUGGAUUUUUGCUUGGGGCAAUUGCGGCCUUUGUACUCAGCUUUCUUAGAUGUGUUUAUCGUGUCGUCGAGCUCGCUGGUGGAUGGAACAAUAGUUUGCAGAGUGAGGAGGUCCCGUCGAUCAUUCUGGAGUCGGCAAUGAAUACUACCGCCGUAUUCGCCCUUGCUGUUUACAAACCAGAUAGUGCUUUCAAGGAUAUCUUUGGUGCUCUACGUGCGUCUUCAUCGGCCUCUUCGGAGGAAAACCACAAGGCGGAAGUUGUCGAAAUGCAACCUCCAUCAGCCGAGACUCCAUACCUGUAA